CUAUUUAAAAAAUUAAAUUAAACUUUUGUAAAUGGUAAACUUUGAUGUUGGCAAAUGCACCAUAGUGCCAAGCCAUUACAAAAGAAAAAAAUAAACUAUAUUAUUUAUUCGUUUAUUCUGUUUCUCUUAAUACGGUGAAAAGAUUCUGAGUAUACAAGCAUCUGAUUCCAAAUAACCAAGGGGUGAAUUUUGUAACAAAAUGAAUUUAUGAUGUAAAUAACUCGGUGAUAGGCAUGUCUUAAUGGAAAGACGAAUUUUAAUUUCAGCUUAAUUCAGUAUUAUUUCGUACGUACAAUAGUUAAGAUAUUUUUCUCAUUUAAUAUAUCCAAUACAUUUAAACUGACUAAAGUGUUGAUAGGCUUCAUGUCGAAUAAUAGGGAUUUCGCUUGCACUUUUCUUCUAAACGAGAGCAUCAAAGGAGAGAAAUUGAUAUAUCCAGCAGCAACACGAAACAAAGAGCCUAUAUUACAAGUUUUAAAAAGAUUCAUUAACUGUGAUACUGAUAAAGUAGAAGAUCUCAGCCCAUUAUUUUUGGAGAUAGCCUCUGGAUCUGGUCAACACUUAUUUCAUUUUGCACCCCAUUUCCCUGGGGUAAAAUUUCAACCAUCCGAAAUAGAGGAAAAUUUAUUUGGUAGUAUUACCUAUUAUGCAAAAACAUGUCCAACCAAGAAUAUGUUAAAUCCAAUACUACUUGAUAUAAGGCAGAAAUUGAAUUAUUAUGGUAUUGAACACAACAGUAUUGAUUAUAUGUAUAGUGCUAAUAUGAUACACAUUAGCCCUUAUGAAUGCACAAUUGGGUUAUUUGAAAAUGCUGGUCAAUAUUUGAAAAGUGAUGCUCUUAUGAUAACUUAUGGGCCUUAUAGUAAGGAUGGGGUAAUAACUCCACAAAGUAAUAUUGAAUUCAAUGCAUCUCUAAAAUCCAGAGAUCCUUCUUGGGGUAUUCGUGAUAUUAAUGAUUUAAUUAAAUUAGGUGAAGAGAAUAGCCUAUGUCUUAUAGAUACUGUAGAAAUGCCUGCUAAUAAUAAAACAUUAGUUUGGAAAAAAAAUUAAAGUCACAAUCUAAAACUCAUAUAUUUUUCAACAAAUUUAAAUGUUUACUGUCUCAUCUAAUAUAAAAAAGAUUGUUUUAUAUAUGUAAGUAAACAAUAUGUUAAAUGAUCAUGAUCAUGAUGAUCAUUCCCACCAUAUUAAAAAUCUCAUUCUUUUUGUAGUCUUUUGAAUACUUCAUUUGCUAGCCAGUAUGAAUAUGCAAGUAUUAGUAAUGGAGCAUUACAUUUAUAUUUGGUGGUAUUAUUAAUUAUAACAUUAAUCUAGAACUUAGAUUAUAACUUCAAUGACUACAUCUGUACUGUAUGUAAAUAUUAUAAACUCAAUAAAUUUUUUGUAACCAAAAGUGAAAAUAAUUUGUUUUCCCUUUUAUAUUUACUAGUAAUAGUUUAUUACUACAAAAGAAUGGUUCUGAACAACUCAAUUUAUAUUACCUGCAAUUGCAGAUAAGAGAAUAUUAUACAUACUGUAAUGCAUUUGCUAGAGUUCAUUGAAUACAAGCAAAUAUGAGGGGGAAAAGGUAUUUGCUAUAUUUAUUUACUUGCAAGGACGAAAUAAAUAGACACAAUUCGCAUUUCUAAUAGAAGUAAAGAUGUCACUAUGUGAAAUGGACUUGAUCACAAUUAUUGAAUUAUUUCUUUACGUCGCACUAAGUGAGCUUCACAGUUUGCCAAUUUGCCCGCUUAGGAAGAUUGUGUAAAUAUACACAUUAUAGUACGUGAGCCAGAGAGACCUUUCGUCAAUUAUAUCCUCCUGGUGGAAAACUUUCAAGACAGUUGAGAGUUGUGGGACGAAGCUAGUGAAAGUCAGCUACAGUUCCAAGGCUCGUUUGCGCACCCAUACAAAAAGGUGUUUGUUAUUUUGAAGUACCUAGUAUAAUUAUGCCGGUACUUAAAAGUAAAUCCC